GCGACUUAUGUUUAAAUCGCGUUGGGAAGUGGCCUAGAUUAGAGGGACUUUGCAGUAUCAAAUCCUAACCCGAUACCUAAGCGUUUAAGACUUUUUAAUACUUUUAUAGGAUUUCGUGUUAGACCGCCUGAUGCCCAGUUAGUGAUUUGUAAGGUUUUAAGAAAAGCGCACGCGGUACGUCACCCCGAGGACAUAGGUUUAUCAAUUUUUUCGAAAAUCCAACAAUAGUGUUUGCGAUAUUAGUGAGAGAGAACUUACAGUGACUUUUGUGGUGAUUUGAAUUUUUUUUCCCUAAAUAAGGUUAAAAUAAAUGUUCACCUAAAACCCGUAAAAAAAUACUCGCCACCACGACGACCCUCCUAGAAAACUACAAUCCAUACAGACUCAUGGAUAGGAUAGAGCAACAACUUUCCGAUCCAGCUCUUUGCCUACAAGAACUGGUCACGGGAGUUACUACUUCGUCGGCAAACUCCGACAUGCAUCACGGCGUGCACCACUUGCACGAUUCGGUCAGUUCGGCGGUUUCCGUGAACUCGGCGAUUUCCGGCAUUAUGAGCUCGGGCUCGCUCGGACAUCACGUGACCACGCACGAGUCCGGACAUCAUCAUGGUGUGGUGCCUCAUACGCCGUCGUUGCACCACGAACCGUUGGAGAAACUUAAACUUUGGGCCGAAACCGGAGAUUUUCGUGACGCCCAUUCAACUGGAUCGAUGACACCUUCUAGCUCGACACCGUCUAUGGAUCACCCGCAAUUACCGUUUCCUGCAGCCGUCAGGAGUCGAACCAGAGACAGAAAAGGCAGUAGAACGUUGUCGGAUACAAUCAAAACGGAAGCGGGCGUGGCCGAAUCCAACGAGCCUGAAGAUGGAAAAAACGACAAAAAGUCGAAACGUCAAAGAAGGCAAAGGACGCACUUUACGAGUCAACAGUUGCAAGAGCUCGAAGCUACUUUCGCUAGAAAUCGUUAUCCUGAUAUGAGCACGAGAGAAGAGAUUGCCAUGUGGACGAAUUUGACCGAAGCAAGAGUUAGGGUUUGGUUCAAAAACCGUAGAGCGAAAUGGCGCAAGCGCGAGAGGAACGCGAUGAACGCAAUGAAUGCCGCAGCCGAAUUCAAAACGGGCUUCGGCACCCAAUUCAACGGCCUAAUGCCCACCAUCAGCGACGACAGCUUCUAUUCCUACUCAACUUACAACAAUUGGGCUACAAAAGUGCCCAGUCCCUUGGGUACCAAACCGUUUUGGCCUGUAGUCCCUACCAAUCACCACCAAAGCCCCGUGAAUUGUUUCAAUGCCGCAACCUCGGUAGCUUCAAUGGGCGGAGCUGCAAGCUCGAUGCUACCAGGCGGUAUGGGUUCUGGCCUAACCAGCACACCUGGUUCGGUAGCGUCCCAACCGUGCCCCUACACUACUCCAGCUAAUCCGUAUUCGAUGUACCAUCACAGAUCGGCAGCUGAACCUUGCACGGCAAUGUCUUCCAGUAUAGCUUCGCUCAGACUCAAAGCCAAACAACAUACAGGCUUUGUGAGUUAUCCCAGUGUAAGUCCGGUGAGAUCAGCUUCGGCCGGUUUGCAGGCCUGCCAGUACGCAAGUAGCGGUAUAGGAGUGGGCGAGAGGCCUGGCUGAGACGAGGAUCAGGCCCUUGGGGGCCUUCAGAUGAAACACGAGGACCAGGAUGAUUGAUAAGGACUGUUUUGAUUGUGUUGGGGAUGUUGGAAUGGCGAAAUAAUAAUUGUGAUUAUCAAUAAUAUAAAUAUUAUGAUGGUUUUAUAGAAUAAUAGGUUUGUUUUAUAGCAUAGUUAUAGCAAUCCCUGAUUAUAUUAUUUCAUAGACUGUUAACUCUGCAGGAUUGAACAAGGAACUUUAAAAGUCUUUUCAAUGCUGCAUGGUUAAUUAUAAAAAUGGUAUAGCAAUAUUCUGGUCAAAGCCAAAAGCCAAAAAAAAAAAAAAAUAAUGUAAAUUUCUGUAUAAAUUUAUCAAUAAUGUUCAAUGAAUGUAUUUGUAGAGACUUUUUUUUAAAUGUAAAUAAUUUCUUGUUCUGUAAAGCUGUGAAAAUGUUUUUCUUAUUAUAUUUUUGAAUUUAUUCAAAAUACAUAGUUUAUGUGCAAUGAGUAUUUAUAAACGAUUCUUACAUUUUUGUCUCGAGACAACGAGUAAGUACAAAGUUUUCUCCAAAUAAAAAAUUACAAUUGAUUGUACCAAAAAAAAAAAAACUAGAGAUCCAAAGAAACCAUUUUCUUAUGUUGUUUUUAUAUAAUAAUUUUGCUCAGUGUACAGGCACAUUGUUAUAAAAAUUUAGUUUUAUUUUAGUUUUAAUUAUUUUAUUAGUGCAAUUUUUGUGUUUUUUUUUUUAAAUAUAUUAUUUGUGACUUUUCUAUUUUUAUUAUUUUUGACCAUUAGGCAAUCAAUCAUGAUGAAUAAUAGAUAUUAAUUAAUUAAAAUUGUCUGUCUGACGAUAGGUCAUAGCUGUUUUUGUAAAUAUCGGUGCCCCUAUUAACAGAGAUUCGAUCCUCCAAAAAACUUUAAAACCCAUUGACAAUAUUUUAGUACAUUUGAAUUUGCCAAGUGUUUUCUUUUUAUAAUAAAAAGUCAUAAUAUUAUCGAACGAAUUUGUUAAUAAAUUGUAAAAUAAAAUAAAUAGUUUGUAAAAUUGUAAACAAUAAAUUGUACUGUUGUAGGUACCAACCUUAUUUCAAAUUGGGGAAAAAAAAAAUAUACUCCGUGCAUAUCGUCUGUAUAACAGUGGUUUAAGAUUUUCAACCAUCUAGUCACAAUAAAAAUUAUAAUUACCUUA